AAUGGGACAUGAGAAGGUCCGCACUACACGUCUCCCUCUCUUCUCUCUCUGUCUUUGCCCUGAUCGAGGACUUCAUACAAACACUGCACCGCAUUCCUGACCUGUGUUGACGGAUUACUCUUGAUUUCGGAGUCUUGUUUUGUGGUUUGGAUUAUUCCGUUCUCCUCAGUUUAAGGCUGCAAACAUACUACGGGACGUUUCUUUACUUUUCCACCUCCGAGGAGCCCUGAAAACAUGACCGGCUCGUGCUGGCGCCGUCCGUAGAGGCACCCGAGCAGGGCGAGCAUGAGCCGCGCGCUGGCGGAGCCCGUGGGCGCGAGCUUCCGCGAGGACGCGCCGCGCCCUCCGGUGCCCGGGGAGGAAGGGGAAGGCCCGCGCCGCGUGGCCACGGAGGUCCCGGUCCCAGUCACGCUCACGCUCCCGGUCCCGGUCCCAGGCUGCAGCGCGAGCCGGAGGAACGAGGACGGCCUCGGGGAGCCUGAGGGCAGCGCCUCGCCGGACUCUCCUCUGGCCCGCUGGACCAAGUCCCUCCACCUGCUGCUGGGCGACCAAGACGGCGCGCACCUCUUCAGGACGUUCCUGGAGCGCGAGAAGGGCGAGGACGCGCUGGACUUCUGGUUCGCGUGCAACGGCUUCCGGCAGAUGGACCUGAAGGACGGCAAGACGCAGCGCGUGGCCAGGGCCAUCUACAAGAGGUACGUGGAGGCCAGCGGCGUGGUGGCCGAGCAGAUGAAGCCGGCCACCAGGAGCUACAUUAGGGACAGCAUCAAAAAGCAACGCAUUGACUCGGCCAUGUUCGACCAGGCACAGACCGAGAUCCAGGCCACCAUGGAAGAGAAAGCCUACCAGAUGUUCCUGACCUCGGACAUUUACCUGGACUACGUGCGCUCCGGCUGCGAGAACGCAGCGUACGUCCACCAGAGCGGCCUGGCGGGUCUCAAGGUGAUGUGCGGCUACCUGCCCCCGCUCAUCGAGGACAAGGAGUGGACCUGCGGAGACCUGAAGGCCAAGGCGCUGGCUACCGUGGUGGGGCUUUCGGCCAAGAGCCUGCGGGCCACCAUGACCCUAAGGACCACGGAGGGUCUGGAGCGCGGAUGCAGGGCUCAGAGACGGGGCGACCCGGCCAGUCCAUACUUUGUGAACUCGGGUCAUGUUUUUGCACCAGCCAGCAGCGCUAACGACAGUGAAGUGUCCAGCGAUGCCACCACGGAUGACUCCAUGUCCAUGACAGACAGCAGCGUAGAUGGGAUUCCUCCGUACAAGCUGGGCACGAAGAAGCAGCUACAGCGGGAGAUGCACCGGAGCGUCAAGAUCAACGGACAAGUUUCGCUCCCCCACUUUCCCAGAACACACCGGUUGCCGCGAGAGAUGGCUCCAGUAGAGCCGUCCGCGUUUGCUGCGGAGCUGAUUGCUCGGCUGGAGAAGCUGAAGCGCGAACAGGACACGCUCAGCUGUCUGGAAGAGAGACUGCAGCAGAUACAGGAGGAAGAAGAGCGAGAUGAAAGUGAGUUAGCAGGCCCCCAGCAGCCUCCCCCCUCCCUCAGCCUCCUCCCGUCCGGUUUCUGUGAGGAAGACCCUCAAGCCAUCCUGGACGAGCAUCUCUCCAGGGUCCUAAAGACCCCCGGCUGCCAGUCCCCUGGCGUCCCAAUCUAUUCCCCUCGCUCACGCUCCCCAGACCAUCACCAUCACCACCAGCACCAUCACCAGGGCUCUGGCUCCAGCCCCUUAUCCACUGGACCCUACUCUAUCCCGGGCAAGAUGCCUCCGGCAGGCCCCCGGCCCUCCGCCAAGCACAUCCACCACCAUUACAUCCACCACCACCACGGAGCUCCACCCAAGAGCAAGGAGCAGAUCGAGGCAGAGGCGGCACAUCGAGUGGCUCAAUGUCUGGGGUCAGCGGGCUCAGAUUACUCCUUCCAGCGGUGCCACAGUCCGGCCGAGCUUACAGCAGGGAGAACCAGCAUCUUGUCUAAGCGUCCCAGUAAAGCCAGUGAUGGGAUGAGCGUGUGCCAGUCCAGUGGAGAGGGCAGUAGCUCCCCUCAGCUGCCCUUAGAUGGUACAGACAGGUCGCAAAACGUGUGGCAGUGGAUCCUGGAGAGCGAGAGGCAGAACAGGCACAAACCACACAGUUCCCAAGGCCUGAAGAAGACCCACCCCACAGACUCAUCCUCAAAAACACCUUUAUGGGGCGGUGGAGGAGUAAGCGCUCAUGUCCGAGGGCACCAUCCAGGGCACCCUUUCGUCCAAGACCCUACUAUGCCUCCUCUGCCCCCGCCGAACACUCUGACCCAACUUGAAGAAGCCUGCCGAAGACUGGAAGAAGCCUCUAAACCUGCUAAACAAAGGCACUCAGCAUCCAGCCUGCAGAGAGAAAGAGUGCAUCCGUCUCUUUUUCCCAACAGCAGCUCCCCUCUCAUCAGCCCUGCCCUGCAGAUGGAUGAGUGGAAGGAACAGCGGAGACCCAGUACCGGUCACUCAAGCGCCCCUUCUGGCUCAGAGCUGGUGGUCACCUAUUUCUUCUGUGGAGAAGAGAUUCCUUACCGCAGACUCAUGAAGACCCACAGUCUCACGCUCGGUCAUUUUAAAGAGCAGCUCCGAAAGAAAGGCAACUACAGGUACUACUUUAAGAAGGCCAGCGAUGAGUUCGAGUGUGGCGCCGUGUUUGAGGAGAUCUGGGAGGACGGGACGGUGCUGCCCAUGUACGAGGGUAAGAUUUUGGGCAAAGUGGAGCGAAUGGACUGAGGAUACAACCAGCCAUCCAUUCACAGCCAGCUAACCAACCAACCAACCACCAGGAUAACUAUUGACUUCCAUUUACCACACCUUGCCACCCCCCAAACCCUCCAAAACGAGGCUGGACCACCCUUAUUGACCCCUUUCCCUGUAUUUUUUAAGCUACCUAGAGUUAAUAUAUUUGCGAAAGACUGCCCAGGUUGUGAUGAAGUUAUUGAAGGAACACUAAGCAACCAAUGAAGAAAGUGCAGAAGACCUUUUUUAACCGAUCAGCCUUAGAAACCUGAGAAACACAGCCUUCUGGGUAAUGUAGUUUUGAGCAGUUGCUCGGAAAUACAGUACAUCCUCUGUGGAAGACGCAGAUGACUUCACUACGCUGCAGUGGACUGACUACGCCACAUCAUCUGCUUUACCUAUCGAACUCCAGUCAAUGUUGAAAUGUCUAUACGUGUGUAUAUACAUACAGGCCUAUGUGUAUAUAUACAUGUAUUCUUUUAAAGAUAAAGAUGUUUUUUUAUUAUUAAGUAUUUAUUGAAACUGUACUAUCCCAACUUUCCCAACCCACAUGUCCACAGAAUGGACACGCUGCUUCAAAACGUUGGUUCCGUCCCUUUUAUUAUCACUAAUGCAACACCCAUGUACUCCUCUCUAGUCCCAUCACAGAGUUCCUAGAAACUCAAAUAGAAUUCCUAGAAUGUUCUGCUGCAGUAAUGUCGAUGAAAGCUCACUGUGCGGUAACUACUACUUAACAUUUUUAGAACAUUUUCUAACUCUAUACAUUGCUAAGAGAUGGGUUCUCAUGUUAGUUCCCAUUGCCAGGACGUUCUAGGUAGUUUAUUAAGCCUAGAUUUACAGAAAGGUCCACUUGUUUGAUGUUGUGCCUUUGUUUGUUGACCAGACAUUGCACCAACACAAAGAUGAGCCCACAUACUAACGCUGCAUCUAUGUUACAGUGGAGAGUUUUCAUUUUGCCCCCCUUGAUUUCUGUAGAAACACGAUUCAUCAGUCCUGCAUGGAGCACUGUGGGAGUGACAGAGAGGCAAAAAAAAGUUGAGAAUUUCACACCUUUAUGCAAAUAAGAUUCGUCCAACGUCGGCCAAUUAGGUUGCUAAAAUGCAGGGCAUUGUUGUUGAGAAGAUUGCAAGAGAUGUUUGCUGUGGUCUAAGAACAUUCAGAUUUGUGAUGUGUUCUUAAACCACAGAAUUGUUGAGUGUGUGUAGAUUCUGUUCUUACCUAAGAACAAAUCCCAAGUAAGAAAACAUUGGUGAAUAUCAGAAUCUUCAUAAAAACUGCAGUGAAAAGUGUGUUAGAAUAGUCGGUAAAUGAGGCCCAAUGUACGGCUCGGAACAUUCAGCUGGAAAUGUGAAGGUCAUUUUUUAAAACAAUAUUGUUUUAAUCCACCUGCAUGUCAUAUGAGGAUAAAACUCUGCAUAAACUUCUACUCUGAGCAGCUAAGCUUGCUUACAUUUUACAAAACUCCCCCAAAGCAGCCAACAGGUGCCAUCAGAAAGGAUUCGCUUCACUGUAAUGUAAAUGCAGCAUAAGUACCUGUUCAUACCUGGUAUUAACAUUCGUCCCCAGAGAUCUGAUCAGUAAGACGUACACUUGGGAUUUCUAUGUGUUUCAUAUUGACUAGACGGACCUUUGUUGCUGUCAGGGACAUGCUGGGAUGCUUUAGCAUUCACGCUACAAAUGUUAUUUGGUCAAAUGCGUCGAUGUCCACCUCCAAAAGCAGAGUGAUUGGAUCAUUGUGCGACGCAGUGGACUCACAUCUGAACUCCAUUUAUGAUCUGACCACUCAGGACGUCUGUUAACGCCAGGAGUGAAUAGAGCCUAAGAGAUCAGAACUAUAAGCUUUAGCAUCUAACACUAAAGGGUAUUUAAACAGUUCCAGAACAUAAGUGCUUUCUAUUAACAACAACAUAUUAUAUUAUAUUUAGCCAUGUCCAAUAGCUGCGACCAUCCACACUCCAUUGCUUCAUAUCAUCUAGCACAACUCAUAACUCAAAGAUGAUCUUCUUCUAGGCCUAUAUGUUGGAAUGAUCCAUUGUGAACUGUAGGGGGGAGCACUAAAGUAAGUUUGAUACCAGUGCAGCACCUGUGCCUACAUGGACCAUACCAUGUGCUACCCUGUUUCAGGGUGUAAUAUUCCCUCGGUUUUAGAAGGGCUUUAUGUUUAAAAUUAAGAAGAAAAAAAAAACACUUUUUAAGCUUUUAAUAAAUGUCAUUUACUUUUUUUGUUUGUUUUACUUUGUUUACUUUGUUUUAUUUUAUCAAAUCUGUAAAUUAUACGUUAUACAAAGAGUUUUCAGUUAAAGAUUUUACUUUGAUCUAUAAUUAUUGUAAUUAUUAAAAGAUGUAGCCUUUAUUAUUAAAGUUUUAUAUUUUUCAAAUGAAA